UGAAAUGCAACCUUGGAAUGCAAUCAACCGCCAUACAACAUUUACGAGGGGAUUAUUUGCGUGCGAAGUAAAAUGGAAUAAAAUCAGCGACUGCCGGAAUAACAAAAAAAAAAGCAAAUCUGAAACAGACAAAAAACAACAAAAUUUCACGCGCCAUCAGCAAGCCUACGUGCGUAUUCGUUACUCUCUGAAGUACUGAAAAUUAAGUGACAGCAACAUAAUGGCCACAAAUGAAUCUCAGCCGAUAUACUGUGGCAGUGGCCUUGACAACUUUCACACCAGUUACAAAAUCUGGCAUGGCUACAUCUCGCUAAUUGUCUGCAUUCUGGGAACCGUAGCCAACACUCUUAACAUCAUCGUGUUGACGCGCAAGGAGAUGCGUUCACCCACCAAUGCCAUACUCACCGGCCUAGCGGUGGCCGAUCUCGCCGUCAUGCUCGAGUAUAUACCCUACACCACACACGACUACAUACUUGCCAAUCAGUUGCCUCGCGAACAGCGCCUCAGCUAUGUCUGGGCUUGCUUCAUUAAAUUCCACUCGAUAUUCGCACAAGUGCUGCAUACAAUUAGCAUUUGGCUGACUGUCACUUUGGCCGUGUGGCGUUACAUAGCCGUUGGUUAUCCGCAAAAGAAUAGUAUCUGGUGUGGCAUGCGCACCACGCUCUACACCAUCUUCACAGCAUACAUCGUCUGUAUACUGGUGGUAUCACCAUCUUUGUACUUGGUCACCGCAAUAGUGGAAUUCCUAGAAGCCAUAGAUGAGCAUGGCAAACCGCUAGACUCAGAGCCAUUAACUCAGUACAUAAUCGAUUACUAUAAUGAGAUGGCGAAUCUGACACGGUCGCAUGCACAGGUUACCGCAUCAGCAUUGGCAGUGGGGGCGACGGCAGGUAAUAGCAGUACGUUGGCAGUUGGUACCACCUCCGCAGCGGCAGUAGCCAUGGCAUGGAAUAUGAGUGAUUUGUCCGGCAUGGUAUCGACAACUACUUCCACAGCAGCUGCAACUGCAACUGCAACUGCAACUGCGAGAGCAAUUACAACGAACACACCGGCAUUAGGAACAUCGUCAACGCCAUCGCCAUGGCAGCUGGCCCAUCAUAACAUCACCGUAUACAAGCUGUAUCACAGCGAUUUGGCGUUGCACAACAAAUCCUUACUCAACUCAACCUUCCUCAUCUACAGUGUACUCAUCAAAUUAAUACCUUGCAUAGCGUUGACGAUACUAUCGGUGCGUUUGAUAGUAGCGCUGCUGGAGGCCAAACGACGACGCAAAAUGCUAACUAGCAACGCAGCCAAUGGCAUGAAACCCAUCGUCAAUGGGAAAGUGAUGGAACAGCGACCACGCAAAAAUAGCAAAACGUUGGAAAAGGAGAAACAAACAGAUCGGACGACGCGUAUGUUAUUGGCGGUAUUGUUGUUGUUUCUCAUUACUGAAUUCCCGCAAGGCAUUAUGGGUCUGCUAAAUACGAUGCUGGGCGAUGCAUUCUACUUGCAAUGCUACCUGAAAUUGAGUGACAUCAUGGACAUACUGGCGCUACUCAAUUCCAGCAUCAAUUUUAUACUCUACUGCUCGAUGAGCCGCCAAUUCCGCACAACAUUCACCAAACUCUUCCGACCCAAGUUCCUGGACAAGUGGCUGCCUGUGGCGCAAGACGAUGACGGCGGUGGCGGCGGCGGCGGCGGCAUUGGCACAAACGGCCGGCUGCGCGGCGAGCUGGCCAGCAAAUCGCAUGCCAUUGAACAGCAGUGUCUGACAACGCAGGUGACGAAUGUGUAG